AUGGGUCAGCAGAGAGAGAGGGUCAAAUUUGUGGCUUCAAAAUGGCCACGAAUUGUUGGGAUACCUGUGGCUGUGAUGGUUUUGCUCUACUUCUUCCCUAUCCUAAUCCCAGCACUGCUUGCCGGUGGAGUCGUGGCUGCUUUUCUCUACAAAAACAAGCCAUGCGACCCUGAAGAUGUGCGUAAAUUUUUCGAAGGGUUCCGUAUUGGCGGACAUCGCGGUGCUCCCACAUCGUUUCCCGAGAAUGGCAUGGCCGGAUUCAAUCAGGCAAAAGUAGAUGGGGCUGAUCUGAUCGAAUUCGAUGUGGCGCUGACGAAAGACGGUGAAGCCGUGCUCCUACAUGACGACGACCUGGAUCGAACCACCAACCUCACUGGUCCGAUACGUGAUAAGACUCUGGCUCAGCUUGCCCGUGCUAAUAUUAGUGCCCACUUCACCAGAUCAACGUACCAUUGCUUUUUUGCUUGCUGUCAACGCGGUGACAGGUUCGCGUCUCAGUGA